AGAAACGACGCUUGGCGUCAUAAAUUUUCUUUCGUGUUUCGCAACUCACCUCUGUUUUAUGUUUUUUCACAAAGUUAAAUGAGAUAUGUGCUGAUCAGCAUGGCAGCGUUUACUCGCCGGCAAAAGCUUUCGACGAACUCGUUUGUUUUGCGUUUCCACUCACUCUCCUGUCGAGAGUAGUGCGCCUGGAAGUUCUCGUUGUGGUGCCUCGAGCCAGUUUCUGCCUCAAUCUGAGUGUUGGACUGGAUAUUUUUCACAUUUACACACAAAACCUUGCUGGGGCCCGGCCUUGGGCGCUGGCCCGGGCCCUCUACAGGGGGUGGUAGACCUCACUCUGAAUAUGUCUGAAAAUAUUAGCGGACCUCAGAUUGAGACGCUAACGCUGGACAAUGGAGUCGUUACAGACGGGGCUGUGGCCAACCGUAUUUGUUCAGUUCUUAAUACCCUUGUUCACGAGAUGUCCAAUAUGAAAGGCAAAGACAGCCUCAUGAAGAUGCUGCUGGCUGCAGGACCAGCAAGCAUCACAAUAUCUUCGGGACCCACUUCUCAAAAUGUACAUUUUAAUGCCUCUGGUAGUACCAGCACAUCAUCCUCUUCCACCCUAACUAGUCCAAUGAGUGAUCAGGUUGACGAUCAUGCUACAUAUCGUAGUAGUAGCUAUCUAAAACAACUUACAAGCCACAACGACCAGGAGGUAACUCUUGUUGAGAUGGACCAUCCAUAUGCUCAUCCAUGGAAUUGGCGUCCUGAUAAUGUCAAGGCUAAACCUGUGAGAUCCCUCUUUGUAUAUCACCCACCUCGAAGAACCCAAGAUGAGGUAGAAGUUAAUGUAGUUAGACCACCAAUCCAACCACAACCAGUUUAUGAUCCUGUAAAAGCUAGAUACUGUAUGGAUGAAUGUGAGCGGUUUGUAGCCAGUACCCGGUUAGGUGAUGACAAGGAUGGAGAAGCAGAUUGGGAAGAAAAAGUAGCAAGGUUUGGAUGGAGUUCCAUACAAAAUCGAUUAUUCAACAAAAUGGCUCGCAUUCUCCAUGCAGACCAGCUAUCUCACAUGGCUAACACUGGUCACUGGAAUGAGCCUGUUUUGAGAAGAAUAGCUGUUGACAAAUCAUCUCGAAGGAUUCGGUCCCUUUUUGCCUCAAUUUCGUGGGAUUUAAAACUGACCCAGUGGCUUCAUGUGACUCUUGUAGAUUCUCUCAGCUCAAGAUAUUUAUGUGCUUAUCUAAAUAUAUUACAGAACCUAAAGAAUAAAGUUCCUACUUUAGUUGAUAAAAUGAUGGCAAUUUCCACCCCACUGGGUAGGACAGGACCAUCUUCAAAUGAAGGAAUCAAUCAUCUCCUGAAGCGGAUUUGGGACCCAGCAACGACAGGCCUCUCAAGGCAUAGGCUGCGGAAACUUCCGGCAAACCCUAUUAUUGUUAUUGUGCCCUCUGGUCCUGGCAAAGCAUACAAACAGUCGUCUCGUUCCACAUACUGGACCACACAUCUGUCUGCUUUGGGCACUGUUGUUACAGUCUAUACUGGGCAAAUAAAUGGUAAAAGUACACUAUCUAGUUGUUUGGAUCAACUCUUGACAACCACUCGCACCAAAAUAUCAGAACUGAAAGCAGACUGCCCAGGACGGCCUAUCAUACUUGUUGGUUGGAACUCAGGUGCAGCAUUGGCGUGUCAGAUUUCGAUGAUGGAUUCUGUAACAGCUGUGGUAUGCCUCGGCUUUCCUUUGUGCACAGUGGAGGGAAUAAGAGGAGAACCGGAUGACAAUAUUUAUUCAAUGCGCUGUCCUACUCUUUUUGUAAUAGGCCAGAACUCAGCUACAUCUACGGUUGAAGGGCUUGAGGACCUGCGAACCCGUAUGGCGGUUGACACUGGCCUAGUAGUUGUUGGGUCUGCAGAUGAUCAACUACGGAUGACAAAAACAAAGAAGAGAAUGGAGGGCAUUACUCAAAAUAUGGUUGAUCGUUGUAUUCUUGAUGAAGUAAGUGAUUUCUUAGGACCAAUAUUGGCCCAAGCCAGCUCCAGACAAGCUCAGUACUUUGCCAAUAAUAAUGCUCUGAGUGAAAGUACAAACACAAACAUUUUACCUACUCCUGUACCAACUAGACCUGGGCCUGGCCGUCCGCCAGGCAGUGGUAAGGGUGAACGCAAAAGGAAGGCAUCUGUUGGCAGUUCGCUGGACAGCCAACCAGCAUCUCCAGCUACAAAACGGGCUAAACCAGGCAUGCCUUUCAGUAUGUGUGGGCCUAGUAGUUCUGCUCCUGCAAAGCCCUCUCUUCCAACUAUGCCAACCCUUGUUUCAUAUUCUGACCAAGGACGAAGAAAAGGAUCAUUGACAUCACAGCCUAAAAUGGUAAUAAGUUCUGUUAAUUUUACGCCAGCCAGUGAUAGUAAAUGGCAACCCAAUCUAGCUUCCGGACGCAAUGUGACGGCAGGCCUCUCCCAGACAACCACUUCAAACACUUUUACCCUGAGUCUUGGCAACAUUGCAAGUCUAGGAAAUAUUGGUCCAAUCAGAUUAGGACCUGCCUCAGCUCUUGCAGAUGCUUUGUCCACUGCAAAGAAAGUGACAGCAAAAGCUAAACAAGAAAAAGCAAACUCUGUUGAAUCUCCUGUUGCCCAAUCUGUUAGUUCCUCCCCAACAGUGCUACAAGUACAGCCCGCCAAACUGGUGGCAAAUAGAUCCGUUUCACAGGCUGGUAUGUCGCAAUUAACAACAUUGCUUCAAACUAGUGGGAAUACCACAAGACUUGUUGCUACCCCUGUUACUUCAAGUAUGAUCACUACUGCGGCUAGUGACAGUGCUACCACCACAAGUACCACGUCAGGCAUUAUUUAUGCCCCUGUCAUGAACACUCAAAUGCAACCUCAGCAACAGAUAAAGCAGUUUCAAAGCCUUCCAUCUAUCCGACCUCAGCUCCUUCAUACUCAGCAACAGCAAUUGAAAGUAUCUCAAGCUCAAGCACAGGGAGUGGUCAGAGACGCGGUUGGUGGUGGUGGCGGCGGCGGCGGCGGCGAGGCCACCACGGCCGCCAAGGCCGGCGGGCUGUCGGAGGGCAGCGCCGUGCUGAGCCACCAGCUCACGCCCGAGACCAUCAUGAACCUCCCCGUGCUGUUCGAGACGGACUGCGACACCCUGGUGACGGGCGAGCAGGCUGUGCAGGCCGUGCGCGCGGUGCGGACGGCGACGGCGAGGCUGGCGGCCACGGCCACGGCCGCGGACACGACCGCGGCCCUCUCGACGACCACCUCGACGGUGGCGUCCCCGGUCAAGCUGGUGCUGAGCCGGGUCGUGCCGCAGCAGCCGCGCGGCGCGGACGGCCAGCAGCAGAUGGAGCUGCUGCUGGCGAGCACCUCGGCGGUGCGCGUCCUGAGCCCGCCGACGGCGACCGUGCUGGCGCCCUCCGGGGGCCUGGCCGUCACCACCACGACCGCGGCCGGCGGCGCCCCGAGCGGCGCCCAGCCGCAGCCGCAGCAGCCGCUCAAGAUGCUGGGCAUCCUCAAGCGGCCCGUGGCCGUGCCCGUGGCCGCGCUGGCCCGCGCGCCCGGCGCCACGGUGCGCGUGCGGGCGCCCAUCCGGCCGGCGCCCUCGCAGGUGGCCCGCUACGAGGCGCGCCACGCCCCCGGCGCCAGGCCCAAAAUAAUUUAA